AUGAUGAAGAGUUUGGUUGUGUUGACCGCACUGCUCAUUGCUGCGCUCGGCAGGGAGACAUUUGAGGGGCAUCAGGUUCUUCGUAUUGUGGCAAAGGAUGAAGCGCAGCUGUCUCUUCUGAAGCAAAUGGACAUGGAUGAGUACGGGCUGGACUUCUGGAGAGGGCCGAGCAACGUGGACGCUCAUGUGGACAUCAGAGUUCCCCCAGAAACUCUGGAGGCUAUCAAACAUUUCCUGGAGCGCAACGACAUUAAAUAUUCCGUCAUAAUCCGUGAUCUGCAGGUAAUCCUGGACGAGGAGCAGGAGGAGAUGGACGCCUUUGUCCAUGAAGCCGAGCCCAGAAACACCGAUAGCUUUGAUUUCUCCAGAUACCAUACCAUCAGCGAGAUAUACAGGUUCCAAGACAUGCUGGUGGCCGAGCAUCCCGGACUGGUCAGCAAGCUGGUAACUGGUCAAAGCUAUGAAAAACGUCCACUCAACGUGUUGAAGUUCAGCACAGGAGGAAACAACCGUCCCGCCAUCUGGCUUGACACUGGCAUCCACUCCCGUGAAUGGAUCACUCAGGCUUGCGGCACAUGGUUUGCCAAGAAGAUUGCCAGCGAGUACGGUCACGAUCCUGUUCUCACUGCCAUACUCAACAAGAUGGACAUAUUCUUGGAGAUUGUCACCAACCCUGAUGGUUUCUACUAUUCACAUACUACCGAUCGCUUAUGGCGUAAGACCAGGAAACCCCAUCCUGGUUCCUCCUGCAUAGGAGUGGAUCCCAACAGGAACUGGGACGCUAAUUUUGGAGGCCCUGGUGCAAGUGAUAGUCCUUGCUCUCAGAUGUACCGUGGACCACAAGCGCACUCUGAGCCGGAGGUCAGCGCUAUCGUGAACUUUGUCAAGUCUCAUGGCAGCAUCAAGUCCUUCGUGUCCAUCCACUCCUACUCACAGAUCCUGCUCUACCCCUACGGGUACAUUGAGACCCCUGCCAUUGACCAGGAGGAGCUGGACAAUUUGGCCAAGAAGGCCAUCACUAACUUGGCUUCCCUUUACGGCACUAACUACCAAUGUGGAAGCUUCAUUAACACACUCUACCAGGCUAGCGGGACAGCCAUUGACUGGACGUACAAUCAGGGCAUCAAGUACUCGUUCACCUUUGAGUUGCGUGACACAGGACACUAUGGCUUCAUUUUGCCUGCCAACCAGAUUGUCCCUACUGCCAAGGAGACAUGGGUGGCCCUCAUGGUCAUCAUGGACCACGCCUCCAAAAAUUUCUAUUGA